AUGGAAGCAAUUAACAAUCAAAUGGAUAUGGAAAGUCAUACCGACGCAAGUUGGUUCAAGAACUUCAUCUUGACUCUGACACGAACUGCUCAGAAAUGGGUGCAAUGUCUCCCAAAGGGAUCAAUUUCCAGUUUUCCUGAGCUGGCAGAAAAAUUCAGAAGUUACUUUUCGUCAAGAACUGCCAGAACAAAACAAUCCAUCGAAAUGAUGAGCAUCAGGCAGGGGAAGGAUGAAUCCUUGAGAAAUUAUGUCUCCAGGUUUGACAAAGAAAGCUUUCAGGUAUUAAAUCCAGAAGAGAAUAUUUUAACUUUCUCUUUCAGGCAAGGCUUAAAUUCUAAUAGGCCUGAGAGUGAAGCGUUAAAAUUCAGCAAUCAAUGGUCUUACCUGAAGACUCUAAAAGAGGUCAGAGAAUAUGCACAAUCCCAUGUUGACGUGGAAGAUUUUAAAGCUAUCACUGGGAACAUGGAACAGAAGGGAAGGAAUAUGGAGAAAGCCAAGAAACCGGCAGAAACGCAUGACAAAGGGAGAAAGCUGGUGAGAGCUGAAGAUUUUGAUGUGCCAGGACUCAAUAACUAUGCUAAUUACACACCAUUAAAAGAGUUCAGAGCAAAAAUUUUCAAUGUACAUAAGGAAGAUACGAGAUGGCAACGCCCCAUCCAGAAGAAGAUUGCUAGAAAGAACCUAGAAGCAUUCUGA